CGAGCAUCAGGAAAGCGAAGCCACCAAAGCGGCUCCUCCUAGCCCGGGCGCGGCAGCCUGGAGGGGAUGUCUUUUUUGCAAAGCGAGUUCUCCAACUUUCCCGGGGCUUGGCGGAGCUCCGGGACAGCGCUGGGCAGCGCCAGGAACACGAUGAACAGGAUGAGCUUCCGCGAGCGGCGGCUCUCCUGCAGCCAGCGGACCAGCGCCAGCUCGCUCAGGGCCAUGUCUCCGGGGCUCCACUGCGGGCGCGGCGCGCGGUGAGGACCCAAGGCGGCCGGGGACCCCCACUCUCCCGCCCCCAGGCCGCAGAAGGGCGAGUCAGGGAGCUGCGCGCACCGGCAUCUGGGGACACCCCCGGGCGCCCCAGCCUCGCCUCACCUGCCUCGAGCACGUCCCCACGAGCGCCUGCGCUCCCUGGAAAGAGCGCCCGCGAGCGCCGUCGGGGACCCAAUCUGGCGACCCAACCUGGAACCCCCAAGACGCUGCCCGGAUCCCCUACGCCCCGAACUGUGCCACUUCCCAAACAGCACGCUCGGCCCCGUGCACCUUGCGCCCUGCGCCCCGGCUGCCCUGGGGUCCCCGUAGCCCCGCCCGCGUAGCUCUGGGGGCCUCCCUGCCUCCCCUGGCCCCGCACCCCUCCGGCUCCGCGCCCUGCGAGCAGGGAGCCGGGGCCGCGUUACCUCGGGGUCGCCUGCUAUGCCUGUCCGGGUCCUACGCGCCCGCGCCACCGUCCGCAGCGCAGUGGGCUCCGUCAGUCCGGGCGACUCCGGGUCGCAGUCUCCGCCCCAGCGCCCCUCAGCCGCCGCUCAGUUUACCCCUUCCGACUCUGACGUCACGGCCGGAGGGAGUGGGGGUGGGGGGCUGGGGCGCCCAGGUCUCCGCCCGCCCGCGCCGUCGCUGCGCAGGAGGGGCCGCCGCCUCCCUGUCCCCGCCUCGGCCGCGGCCGCGCCUCUUCCCCGGACCCUGCGCGUGGCCGAGCGCCUUGGGGACCCAAGCCUGGGGAAGCGGCAGGGGCGCGGAGGGAAAGAGGUCAGAGACCCUGGACGAAGGGUGAAGCGCCAGGGACCAAGGCGAGGAGACAAGGCUUUGCUGUGGCUCCAAGUUGUGGCCCGAGCUGCUUUGAAUAAAUCAAGUGGCUCUUGGAGCCUCAGUGUCCCUGAAAUGGGCCUUGAGGACGGAAAUGAUGGCCGUGGGGUCCCUUUCAGAAGCAAAGGAGAAACAAACAGAUGCCCUCUGACAUCGCUGGAGCUCUGCAGGCCCUCCAAGGGGACCAUGGGAGCAGGAGCUGUUUUCUUGGAAAGCCACCUAGAAUAAAUGUUACCCUGUCA